UAAAAGUGUUUGGGCUUUUUCGAGUAAUUUAUUAAAGAAAGACAAAUAUAGAGAUCUCUCCGUAACUUCAAUGGGGCAAAAACCCUGUGAAUUCCAAAGCCAGUUUUUGGUGCCACCAAAUUGUUUCCCAAACUUUUUUUCUAACCUCUAAUGGCGUCUUGAAUCUGAAUUUUAGUAUGUGAUGGUUUACGUAUCCAUAUUUUUACAGUCAUGGCCGCCCCUUUCUUUUCGACCCCUUUGCAGCCCUAUGUUUACCAGAGCCCACAAUCAGCUAUUACACCUUUUCAAAUAUUGGGUGGAGAGGCCCAGAUUGUUCAGAUUAUGUUAAAAGAAAAUGAGAAGAUUGUUGCUAAACCAGGUUCCAUGUGCUAUAUGUCUGAAUCUGUUCGUAUGGAUAAUGUUUACCCACCUGAAAAUGAAGGAGGUGUAUGGCAAUGGCUUUUUGGGAAGAGUGUUACCAGCAUAGUUCUGGUCAACUCAGGACCAUCAGAUGGCUUUGUUGGUAUUGCAGCACCAUCUCUUGCUAGAAUACUUCCGAUAGACCUGGCAAACUUCGGUGGGGAGAUUCUUUGCCAGCCAGAUGCGUUCCUUUGCUCGGUCAAUGAUGUCCGUGUGACAAACUCAAUGGAGCAGAGGCCUCGGCAUGUGGUUGCUGGUGCAGAGGGUAUUUUGAGACAGAAAUUGGUUGGUCAGGGGCUCGCCUUCAUAGUUGGUGGUGGAUCUGUUGUGCAGAAGCAUCUUGCAGAAGGAGAAAUGUUCGUUGUAGAUGCAGCCUGCAUUGUGGCUAUGACACCUACAGUUGAUCUUCAAGUAAAUUAUGUUGGACCUAUGAGGCGUGUUGUCUUUGGAGGCGAUGGUCUUGUGACCGCCAUCCUAACGGGACCUGGAAUUGUUUUCCUUCAAAGCUUGCCUUUCUACCGCCUUUCCCAGAGAAUCGCAAGGGCUGUGGCAUCACCUGGCGUGAGGGAAAACCCUAAAUUCUUCAUUCAGAUUGCAUUGUUCUUCUUUCUCGCAUAUGUUAUGAUUGUAUCGUCUCUGAUCUUGACUGAUGUCUGAUUGCAGUUUAUACUGAGGGGAAAGAUUUAUAAGAGAGGCGGCAUAGGGACUUUUUUUUUAAUUUUUAAUUUUCAAAAAGGAAAAGCGAUUUUAUUUCUUUCCCCCCUCCCUGAAUAUCUAUCUCUUUUCUAUUGCUUCUUUUUGUUUGGAUAGGUUUUGUACUGUAGAAUUAGAGAAUUUCAUGAAAUCAGAAACACAAAGGAGGGGAGAUGUGAUAUAAAGUACUAGCAUAUAUCAUUACACUUGAGGCCCUUUUCUUUUUUCUUUCA